AUGUCAGUAGAGCGGGAGUAUAAGACACAGAACACAAAAGUUCAAAGACAGCAAGGUCAACUAUACCCUCAGAAGAUUGACCUGAUGACACUGUCCAGAUCGACGCUCCAUGCCGGCCGCGUUGGUGGUCAGACCAACACCACGGCAAUGGCAAAUAUUGUUGUAAUUGGAGCUGGAGUAGCAGGCCUGACUUCAAGUUUGUUACUAGCACGAAAAUAUCCGAAAAUUCCAAUCACGAUUGUAGCCAAGCAUAUGCCUGGAGAUUCUGAUCCCGAGUAUGCAUCUCCUGUCGCCGGAGCAGAUUUCAUGCCAAUGUCGUCCCCGGAGAACAGUCGGUGGGAACGGGAGACAUGGCCCGAGUUGAAGAAGCUGGCUCAAUAUAUUCCAGAAGCUGGGAUCCAUUUCCAACCAACUCGAGUGUAUAAGCGAGAGAAGGACUUGGACGAACCAGGUCAGCCGGGCAGGGGCCAGUUCGAUGACAACCCAUGGUUUCGAUCCAUCCUGGACGAUUAUAGGGAGUUGGAAACAAGCGAACUACCUCCAGGAGUUGCAUCUGGAUUCGAGUUUCGCUCUGUUUGCAUCAAUACUCCUCUUUAUUUGGGUUGGUUAGUAGGACAAUGCAGAAGGGCUGGAGUUGUCUUACGUCGGGGAACCGUUGAGCAUGUUUCCGACGCUAGGUACUACAGCCAUCACGACAACAUUGCCAACAUUGUUGUCAACUGCACUGGUCUUGGCUCCUCUCGGCUGGGUGGCGUUGAAGACCCCCAGAUGACACCUAUUCGCGGCCAGGUGGUAUUGAUAAGAAAUGAGAUCGAUUCGAUGUACACAAUAUCUGGAACAGAUGAUGGUCCUGAAGAGAUCUCAUACUGUAUGGCCCGAGCGAGCGGUGGUGGUACCGUUGUUGGAGGUAGUUACCAGAUGCACAACUGGGACACAACCCCCGAUCUCGAUAUGUCGGCAAGAAUGUUGCGUCGAAUUAGGGAAUUGGUUCCGUCGUUAGGUCGAGGCAAAGGCGUGACCGAUCUGGAUAUUAUACGCCAUGCUGUUGGGCUUAGACCUUAUCGAUUGACAGGUGUCAGGGUCGAGAGGGAGCUUCUCCCAGAUGGACUUCACGUUGUUCACAACUACGGCCACUCGGGGUGGGGGUUCCAAGGGUCUUAUGGGUGUGGAAAUAGGGUUCUGGAGCUUGUGGCGGAGAUAGUUUUGGCUUUAUAG